UAAUUCCUUGAACUCGUCACAUAGCCACAAAUUUAACUAUACAUUUUGGUAAUCCCUAAUCUCAAUUCCCAACAUAUCGAAUCUAAGCCAGGAUGUUUGCUCCCAUUGCAGUCAUGCCGAUGAAUGGACAGGCGGGUGGACAAAAUGGACGCAAGCGUCGCGAUAACGAAGAUUUCUCGGUGAAGUUAUCCACCAUUCGGAUCUGGAUCCACGAGAAGGACAUUGGCAAGCUGACGCGCAUUUUGUGGGCGGGCAUGGGCAACCGCCUCAGUCAGCAGGCCAGCAACAAUGGGCGUGUGAAGCGCUUCCUGGCCGCCGUUCCCCAUGUCAUGAAUGCCAUCAAGGAUCUGCAUCAGGCGGUAAUCGACAACAAUCUGGAGACCGUUCAGGCACAGCUGGAGCCGCCGGUUCCCCACGCACUGGUCACCUGCAAGGAUGGCAACGGCCUCAACAUUAUCCACAAGGCCGCCGGGCUGGGCCACACCAAGAUCCUCGAGUAUCUGGUGGGCAUUUGGCCCGAAGGCGCCCACGAGACAGACAUCACCGGGAAGACGGCGCUCCACUGGGCCGCCAGUGCCAAGAACAACAUGAGGUGCUACACGCUGCUCACUCAAGCGGGCUGCGAUGAGGAGGCCGUCGAUUAUAAAAUGAAAACUCCCUCGUACUACCGCCACAAGCCGCACGAAAUCGAGCGCGCCUUCCUGGUUUAUGUGCCGGAUGCGCCGCGCGUCUCCCCCGACAGCGCCACCGAUUGGGAGGCCUUGAGCGAUGACAGUGGCGCGGUGGACAACGGAGCGGGUGGAGAUGCCGGCUCCAAGAAACUGGACAUCAAGGUGGCGCCGUCCGUGAACGGUCGCAAAUCGCUUGACGACAGCCUUGAGAACACCUCGGAGCUGGACACCAACGAUGGUACGAGUGCCAAUGACGACGAUGACGAUCUGUCCAAGGCGGAUGUGGAGCCGGAAGCGGAAGUCGUCUCGCCAUUGCAGCGCCGACCGGAAACGCCGGCCACAUUCAACACGAUCAAUGGCGAUGGCGACGGCGAUGGCGAAGAAAGCGAGACCGAGAAUAUUGCAAGAGCUGUAAGCGCAGAUGCAGGAGGAGGCGGAGAGGAGGAGGAGGAGGCUGAAGGAAACGGAGUUGGGCAGGACGAAGGAGAAGGAGGUGGUGAAGGAGGAGGAGAAGCGGCGAUCGUAGAGAAUGGCGGAGAUCAUGGUGAGGCCCCGGAGGAGGAGAAGCCACCCGAGGAGUCUGCUGCCGAUGGUGAGAUCGAAGGAAACAAAAAGACUGAAGGGGAACCGGAGGAGGAGGAGGAGGCAGCACCUGCUGCUUCUGAGGAGGCGGUGGAUGAGCCGGAGAGCCCCGAAGAGAACGGAGCGGAACCGGAAGUGGCCGCCAUGUCCGCCGGGGACGAAGAGAAGGAAGCCGAAUCGGAGAACGACAACGAUGACGACGAUGAGGAUGUUGUAGCGUCGGACAGCAGAGGAGGAGCGCCGCCGGAGGAUCAGCGGCCAGGAGGUGGAGCAGCAGCGCCGGAGGACGACGGCACCGAGUCCCUGACAUCGGCCAUGGCCAUCGAGGGCUUUGUGCAAGGUGCCCCCGAGGAUUUUACAGUUCAGUCUCAAACUGCAGUUGAUGAAGACGAACGCAUCAAGCGGAUCGUGGAGUCCGGAGACUUGGAGCAGCUGGCCGAGAUUGUGCUGAAUGGCGAGGGCGGCAGUCUGGUGGGCCUAAAGUCGCAGGAACCGGAAAUACAGGCCUUUCUCAACAACGUACCCAGCUAUAUGGAGAAAAUACAUCGCGUGCACGACGCGGCACGUGACGGAGGUUUGCUGGCACUGCAGCAGGCUCUGGAUCGCCGGAAGUUUGCCAUUGCAAAGAACGACAUAUCGCCCAACGGCUCCACGCCGCUGCACGUGGCCGUCCUCUUCGGCCACACGGAUAUCGUUCGCUACCUGGCGUCGCGUUUUCCGGAGACCAUGACCAUUACGGAUAAUGACGGGCGAACGGCGCUUCAUUACGCAGCCACAAUUAAGGACAACGGCCACUUCUACAACAUGCUCCUGCAGUUGGGCGCCAAUCCAAAAGCACUGGACAAGCUGGGCCACUCAGCCGAGUUUUACCUGGACAAGGACAAGGCGAAAAACAUUCUCAACUACACCGAGCUGCUCAAUAUUUUCGGGGCGGAGGAACUGGAGAACCAGUUGCUCAACGACCAGGGUCAGGCGCAGCCAGUGAGCUUUCAGGCCAAUCCCAUCUUCAAGACCGAGCAGGGCAAAUAUCUGGCUAAUUCUCUCGCCGAUCCUCUGAUUAAGGCCCUCACCGAGAUAGCCAACAAGCGACCCAAAGAUCCCGUGGCCUACCUGACCAACUACCUCCAGCACUUUAUGGGCGAUCGCAAGCCAAUGACCGAGGUGCAGGUCCACUCGGGUAGCAGCAAGGCCAGUACCAGUUCCACCUCCACCCUGGCGUUGGUCAAGUCGAAUGCCAGCUCUAGUCAGAGGAUGGCCAGCACUCGAAAUGGUCCAGGUCCUACGGAUCUCAUCGAACAGGACGCACGAUCGUUGGUCGAGGAGGAGGAUGCGGAAGGAGCGCUGGCGGUUCAGCAUAUGGAGGAGCGGGAUGAGCACGGCCAGAGUAUGCUGCAUUUCGCCUGUGCCCGCUCCCAUCGGCGGGGAGCUCUCUACACUCUAAUCGAGGAGUCGGGCAUUGACAUCACCUACCGGGAUGAGCUGUACCGAACCGCCAGGGAUGUCUCGCUCCAAGCAAAUCAGCCCAACAAUGCCGCCGAGAUCGAUCGAUAUGUCCUGGCUCAGGCUGUUAUAGGUGACGUGGAACCCUUCGAACAGCUCGCUCUGCAAGGCUACGAUCAUAUUUUAGACAUCGAAGACGAAAGCGGUCAGUCCAUUGUAGAUGUGGUGCAAUCGCGACAAAAUGAAGCUCUCGGCGAGUUCUUGGCCAAUCUUCGGGGCCUGGAAGAGGCUCGCGAAGAACUCCAUCAGAUGAUCAGGGAUAACAACAUGGAACGCGUGUUGGAGCUGACCGAUGUUGCCAAUGCCAAGUGGUUGAUUAAGACCAAGAAUUAUUAUGGUCGUACCGCCUUGCACAUAGCUGUGCUAAAGGAGUCCGAGGAAAUGGUUCAGCGCUUGGUGAAAAUCUGUCCUGAGGCUCUAAAAAUCCCCGAUAAUUUGGAGCGCACUGUUUUGCACUAUGCCAUGGGAACCAACGCGCUGGAGAGUGUUAGUCGGAUUUUGAUCCAGAACGGGGCCAAGCGGACCGCCAAGGACCUAAAAGGACGACAGCCAAGCUAUUACUUCAUCAACAAAGCGGAUAUUCUACGCCUGCAGGAGGAGGAGGAGGAGAGCCGCUGAGGGAACGGGUUAAGCAAUAUGUAUAGUCUAGAGUACUCUAAGCCGUUAUAUAGUCAAAUAAAGUACAAGUAAAUAGAAAUACGCUA